AUAAAAAGAUAAAAGAGUCGUACUCACUUGGGUCAAACUUUCCUAAAAUAGUAAAUAUCUGAAGUCGUACGUAUUCAUUCAUUCGCCGCUCUGGCGCUCUCUAAAGCCGACGAGCCGCCGCAAAACAACAACCACUCAAUGUCUCCGUCGUCGUCGUUUUCCUCGCUUCCCGUCGACAUCGUCUUGGAAAUACUAGCCCGCGUGCCGAAACGCUAUCACCCGACCCUCUCUUGCGUAUCCAAGAACUUCUGCCUUCUUCUUCGUUCGCCGGAGAUACACAAGAUCCGCUCUCUCCGCCGCAGAGACUCGCUCUUCAUCUGCUUCCUCGCCACAACCAAUAAAGGACAGGUCCCACACUGGUUCACUCUCCGCAGAGCUGAGAAUAACCCAAGAGAGAACCACUUCGUCUCCAUCGACCUCACGUUUCCUUGUCAGACCGAGCAACAACCCUGCGUCGUCGCUCUAGGCCCUGAGCUUUUCUUUAUCUGUGGAUCGGUCUAUCCUUCGUCAACCAUGUGGGUUCUUGAUUCAAGAACCGGGACGUUUCGCCAAGGACCUAGUUCGAGAGCUGCUAGAAUAUACCUAAGCGUGGGUGUAGUCGGAAGCAAGGUGUACGUUAUGGGGGUCUAUAGAUCAGAUGAUGAGAUAAACGUGGAGUCAUUUGACGUGAAGACGCAGACGUGGGAACUAGCGCAUGUUCCCGAGGAUCAAGACUGGUGGAGGAGUGCCGCCGCAACUGUGUCAUUAAACAGGAAAGUUUGUGUGCCACGUUUUUCUGACAAUGCUAUUAAGUGCUACGAUACUAGAGAUGGGUCUUGUGAGAGUUUAGAUUGUCCUACUAAGGGUGAAUUUUUGUGUAGAACGGGUGCUUGUGUGAUGAACAAUGUGCUCUACGUUUAUUACGCUAGGUUCGGGUUGAUGUGGUUUGACUCUGAGAUGAGGCUAUGGAGAGUGGUUAAUGGUUUGACUCAUCUCAACAACCGGCGGUCUGUUGCAGUGGCUGAAUACUAUGGAAAGUUGGCGUUUUUGUGGGAAGAAGAGGUUGGUGUUAGUGGUGAAACGAAGGAGGUUUGGUGUAGAAUGAUUGCUUUGGAGAGGAGUGAAGGAGAGGUUCGUGGGAUUGCUGAAGCGCCUCAACUUCUGGGCAGUGUCCCUCGUUGGUAUAGGUUGCAGUAUUGUCUCUCUGUUUCAGAUUAAAGAAAACAAAGUGUCCCUCGUGGCUAUAGAUAGAAAGUCCUUGUGAACUACUUUUUCAUAGUUUCAGCCUUGUAAACUUUUGCACAUGUCCUUUCUCAUAGAAUCUCAUUGAUUUACCAAAGGAUGUCUCUUGACAUUCCUACUUCUAUGUUUAAGUAGUCAGAUACGUGGACUUGUCCUCUAUAUUUUCAGCAGUAAUGGCAUAUUCGAUU